UUUUCUUUCGAAUUUUUUUUUUUUAAAAAAAAAUAAAAUGAAAGGUGAAAGCACAAUUCCAAGUCAUUAUGUUGUUUUAGAAAAUGUAUUUGGUCUCAUAGGAACGGCUUUUUGGUCAUUUCAAUUGGUUCCACAAGCAUAUAAAAAUUGGCGGGGAAAAUCCACCAAGGGCCUUUCUCAAGCAAUGUUCCUCUUAUGGACGACUUCUAGUAUUUUUUUUGGAAUUUACGCAAUAGUUCUGGAUUUAUCAAUUCCUUUAUUGAUUCAACCACAAAUCUUUGGUAUAAUUGCUUUAUUCAUUUAUGUACAAUGUUUUUAUUAUUGUCCGUCUAUGUUCGAAGGUAGUAAAAUAAAAAGUGGUGUUUUAUUCGUAAUAUUGACUAUAUUACUUACUGGAAUUGAGGUUGGAAGUGUUUAUGGAAUUAGAUACGCGAAUAUGAGAAACGUUAAUUGGCCUGAAAUGGUCAGCGGGAUUAUACCAGCAGUCUUAUUAGUUAUUGGUCUCGUACCGCAGUUUAUAAAAAUAUAUCAGUUAAAACGUGUAAUUGGUAUUUCAAUGAUAUUUAUGGCAUUUGAUAUGUUAGGAGCCUUUUUUUCUGUUCUAAGUUUGGUUUUCAGACCACCACCUUUUGAUACAUUAGCAUCAUUUACUUACAUAUCAGUAUUUACAUUAGAUGGUUUAAUAGUAUUCUUGUAUUACUUUUUAAAUUGGUAUCAUUCAAGAAAACAAUCUACCAUAAAUAAUAAUAAUAAUGAAGAAAAUGAUUUAUCGAUAAUUGUUGUGGACGAUGUGAAACGAAAUGAUGCCAUUCAACAAGUAUCCGAAAUUAACAAUCAUUGAAUUCUUUUAUUCUGAAUGUAAAAUUCUAAAGAGAAAAACAAAAAAGAUUCCGAAAUUCUUUUAUUCCUUAAAAAAAAAAAUCCAGUCUAAUAACUCGAUUGGCGUUUAUUUGUGUAAAAAAAAUUAAUAAAAUUUAAAAAAUGUGUUGGUAAUAAAUUACGUAAUAUUUUGUAAUAUUUGAAACAUAGGAUUGUUAUUCAUUAUCCAAUCAAAUCCGAUUUUC